AUGGCAAUAACAGCCCUAUCGUUGGAUUGUUGGCUGAAAGAGCGCCUGAGGAAAUGGGUGCAGCUGUCCGGACACGAAGGAACAAUAGUUCCUGCGAAAGACAAAGCGCUAUGGAAAAAACAAUCGUGCAGAAAUUGUAAUGAAAGUAAUGCAUAUUGUGCGUUAAUGAAUGAUCCCAUACUGCAAGGUUUUGUGCCUCGAUAUUAUGGAGAAGUCGAAUAUGAAAAUGAUUGCUUUAUCGAAAUCGAAGAUCUCACAGCUUUGUUCGAUGAUCCCAUGAUAAUGGAUAUCAAGAUGGGAACGAGAACUUUUUUGGAAGCCGAGGUUAACAAUAAAAUCGUACGAAACGAUUUGUAUGAAAAAAUGGUUUCAUUGGAUCCUUACGAGCCUACAGAGGAGGAACAUGUUGCUAAAGCUAUAACGAAAAUGCGUUAUAUGCAGUUUCGAGAAAAGGAGAGUUCUACUGGAACACUGGGUUAUAGGAUUGAGGCUGCUAAAAUGCCAGGUGGGAUUUUGCAAAACAGCUUUAAGAAGGUAAAAACGCAUGAAGAUAUCAGUGGGACAUUGCUGGAAUUUUUUGGUCAACACAUAUCAACAACCGGUUUUCAUAUUUUACAGCGCCUGAAAAGAUUACGAGAAGCCGUUCAAAAAUCAUUAUUUUUCCGAACUCAUGAAGUUAUUGGCAGUUCACUGCUAUUAAUGUAUGAUGCAACAUAUGCUAACGUAUGGAUGAUUGAUUUUGCGAAAUCGAUUCCAGUGGAGAUAGACUCAGUAAACCAUUGGCGAGAAUGGAUUUUUGGUAAUCAUGAAGAUGGAUAUUUUGUAGGACUCGACAAUCUUAUCCAGAUUAUGGAAGAAUUGGUUUUUGCAUGA